AUCCAGCCAGCCCUAAUUCUGCCCCUUAAACGUGCGAUUUCAAAUCCUCCCUCUUAAUUGCCCAAAUCCUACUUUAGCGACCGGAACUGCAGAUCUCACUACAAUGGGUGGAGGAGACAUAGAGAAGAUGAUCACCAUAGGCCUAGUGUGGGGUGCCACCAAUGCCUUAAUUCGUCGCGGUGCACUUCUCUGGGACCACCAAUCGCUAAAAUCUUCUUCUUCUUCUUCUUCGUCUUCCCUUUCGUCUCCUCCAAAAUUCCACCAGAAACUCCUCUCUUCACUCAAAAGCUGGCUCAGCCUUCUCUUAUUUUGGCAAUACUCUCUUCCUUUCUUGCUUAAUCUCUCUGCCUCUGCCAUCUUCUUCGCCAUCUUAAGUGACACCCCCAUAUCUCUGGCUGUCCCAGUCACCAAUGCUACAACAUUUGCUGCUACAGCUGUGUUUGGAAUGCUUUUAGGAGAAGAUACCCGAGUCGACCUCGCUUUGCUGGGCACAGUUGAAUGCUGGUGGCAGGAAAAGGAACCGAAGUUUCCGGGAUGAAUAUCCUUGCUCCAUUUUAGAACUGUGCCUUAAAACAUUCAGGUGGCAUUUGUCCAUUGAACCUCUUAGUGUCAUUGCAGUAGUUGUAGAUCAUGUAGUUGUCUCUGACCCGCUUCAUUUGAUCCAAUUGGGCAUUGCUCAACUUGCUAUAGGCGGGGGAUGUCCACCAGUUCGCUGGGGUGUUGGCAGCACAUUGAUUUAUGCUAACUGGUCCAUUCCACUUGCAAGCCCUUGCCCUAAAAUUGCGGUAUCUUGCUAUGAAGGGUGCCACUGUCCAAUCAAUCUUAACUCGCCCACCUUGAGUUGCCCAGUUAUCAGCAUUCCACAAGCUGGAGUAAACCCUCAUUCCCUGUUUGUUUGGGUAAGCAAUCCCCUCAUUUUCGUAGUUACGGUAUACGCGGAUUGGUACAUUAUCAAUGUACCACCUGAAUUGCAGUGAUAAAUAUCAAGUUAGGUAAAAUUAGGCUUCUGGAUUAUCUAGGAAUUAGAUAGCUGGUUUGGUGGAUGUAGUGAAGUAAGCUGGGAAAAUGAAAGUUUAGCAAAAGCUUCAGGAAGACUAUUUAAGUUAUGUUGGAAAAAAAAAGUGCACAUAUUGGUAAUCUACUUGGAGUGCUGUGCAGCUUAAUCUGAAUGUCGAGUCAUGCUGGUUUCAUUUC